UGUUGCGUACUGGAAGUGUCACUGGCAUACUGGGACACGGGACACCGGACACUGGGAAACAGGAUACGGGAUACUGUGCGCUGGAACCAAGACAUCAGGACACUGGGAAGCGGGAGGAUCCGCCGCGGCGCUGCUCCAAAAUGCACAGGACCACCAGGAUAAAGAUCACCGAGCUCAACCCCCACCUGAUGUGUGCCUUGUGCGGAGGUUACUUCAUAGACGCCACCACCAUCGUGGAGUGUCUGCAUUCCUUCUGCAAAACCUGCAUCGUUCGCUACCUGGAGACCAACAAGUACUGCCCCAUGUGUGACGUCCAAGUGCACAAAACCAGACCCCUCCUCAGCAUCAGGUCAGACAAAACCCUCCAGGACAUCGUGUACAAAUUGGUCCCGGGGCUCUUCAAAGAUGAGAUGAAGAGGCGGCGCGACUUCUACGCGGCGUACCCCAUGGCAGAGGUUCCCAACGGCUCCAACGAAGACCGCGGGGAAGUCUCUGAGCAGGACAAGGGGAACCUGACGGACGACGAGAUCGUCAGCCUCUCCAUAGAGUUUUACGAAGGGUCCAGAGAGGAGAAGAAAGGGACCGUCGAGAACGGGGACCUGGAGAAGGAGAAGAAGAACGGGGUGCGGUUCCUCCGCUGUCCCGCUGCGAUGACCGUCAUGCACUUGGCCAAGUUCCUCCGCAACAAGAUGGACGUUCCCAGCAAGUACAAGGUGGAGGUCCUCUACGAAGAUGAACCCUUGAAGGAGUAUUACACCCUGAUGGACAUCGCCUACAUCUACCCCUGGAGGAGGAACGGUCCUUUGCCGCUGAAAUACCGCGUCCAACCCACCUGCAAACGGCUGAAGCUCUCGCAACCGCCCGCGUCCGAAUGCACCAACACCAGCGGCGCAUCCGAGUGCGAAUCGGUCAGCGACAAAGCCCACAGCCCCGCCACGCUGCCCGCCACCUCCUCCUCGCUGCCCAGCCCCGGCACCCCGUCCCACGGCUCGCCGUCCCCCGGCACCGGCCCCGCGCUCAACGGCACCUCGAACUGCCACCCGCCCGCCGCCGGCCGGUGCCGCAAAACGACUCUCAACGGCAGCGCGGCCUCCGCCUUGACCUAAGUGUCGACACAACGGGGACUCCUGCCUGGCUUUUACAUAUCUAUAUAUAUUAUAUAGAUACAUAUAUAAAUGUAUACGUGUACAUAGGGAGAAAAAAAAAUAAUAAUUAUACAUACUUAUUUUCUAUUGAUCGACCAGAUUAAUUUAAAAUGCAAAGAAGACACA